AUGUCGUUCAUUAAAACGAUCUUUCCUGCAACGAAACGUCGAAAAACGGAGGUAAAUGCGUUUGUGAAGCCAUCACAGCCGCAGGAAUCUAUAGGAGAGCACCAUCAUCGGCAACAACAGGAUACAAUGGUGUUACCAACAACACUUCAAGGUACCACGUGCGAGCGGGAACUUCGACCAGAUAUGCUGCGAAUGGUACUCAUUGAAGCAGAACAACGUGUACUAUUUGACACCGCCUCCAUUGUACCGAUCGCUAAUCGGAUUUUGCCACCGAAUGCUCAGUUGUCAACUUGCAAGAAAUUCCAGUUUCUUAAACGUCGUCGUGAUAUUCCAACCAUAUCUCAAAUGCUUUUUGGCGCAAUGCCGACUGCCGUGGGAAGCGAUGCGUUUAAAAUUCAUACCAUUCCAGACAUGCGAGGCGCAAUAGACUCGCUGGAUUCAUCGGAUUCAGAAUCACAGUCACAGUACAUCACGGUUCGAUCCAUGGAUAGCUUAAAUGGAUUAAGUCAUGGCAAACCAGGAUGUAUUUCAUCCACAGUUCCUCCGGAGGCUUUCAAACGCGUGCGAAAUGCAAGUCUACAGCUGGAGGAGGAUUCUGAUGAAGCUCGCCCCUUUUCGCCACCAACCGCAUCAAGGCUUUCACGUGAUCGUCGGUUACAAAUGUCGCAUAAAACGACACCAUCGCCUAGAUGGAAAUCACGAUCACGUUUGAGUUCAUGCGGCUCUCAAACUGACGAUGAGCAUACCCGUCAAGUUGGAUUGGGAAUUAUGCUAAAUGAUGCAGAAAAGAAUUUUUUGUUCCAGCACAUACCACUUGUUGAAGCAGAAAUAUCUCGGUUAGAAACGCGUGUCACUAAUGCUGCCGGCAAUUCGUCUACGUUCUUUAUCAACGUCAAUAAGGCAUGGCAGGACUUUUGCGAGUCGAUUUGUCUACUUCAUAACGCACCACGACUACGUCAUCCUGUAUGGUUGAGCCUACUGGAACGCGAUCAUAACGAAAACGUAGUGGUGGCAGAUUUCUGCCGGCAACUAAUGCGACUAGUGGAAAAACUUGACACGAAGCACACUAAAUUGUAUGGUUUUUUAGACCAUUUGUUAUCGGUCUUGAUUGUUUAA